GAAGCAGCAGAGCGGAGUCGAAGCAACACGAGGGGGGACACCACAAGAUGGCUCUUAAGCGGAUCAACAAGGAGCUGCAGGACCUGGGCCGCGACCCGCCCGCCAACUGCAGCGCCGGACCCGUGGGCGACGACCUGUUCCACUGGCAGGCGACCAUCAUGGGCCCCGAGGACAGCCCGUACGCCGGCGGCGUGUACUUCCUGAACAUCUACUUCCCGGCCGACUACCCGUUCAAGCCGCCCAAGGUGAACUUCACGACGCGCAUCUACCACUGCAACAUCAACGCCAACGGCGGCAUCUGCCUGGACAUCCUGAAGGACCAGUGGAGCCCCGCGCUGACCAUCUCGAAGGUGCUGCUGUCGAUCUGCUCGCUGCUCACGGACGCCAACCCGGACGACCCGCUGGUGCCCGAGAUCGCGCAAAUUUAUAGAACAGACCGCGCGCGCCACGACGCCACUGCCCGCGAAUGGACCGCCAAGUACGCCACUUAGAGCACGCUAGGAGUAGGAGAUCUUCGUCCCAGGCCGCGCGGCCGCAGCCGGUUUUCCACUCCGUCCUUUUCCGACGGGGGGAUCUGCGGCUGCUGAGUGUACGCCGGGUGAGAUGGAGAGCGAGGACAGUCGGUAAGCAGCAGGAAAGUGCAAGCUAGCGAUAAUCUCAGCUUGGUUUGUUUUUCGUGCUG